UCGGCUUCUCCGAUCACUUUUCUUCAUUUCUCUUUGUAGAUCCAAAGAAACCAGCGAUUAAACAACUCCUAAUCUCUCUUCUUUCUGACCUAAGAUAUUAGCUUCUAACGACAGAUAGCAACGUUCUUUCGGACGGAGAAGGGGCUUUGUGAUAGAUUCUAUCUCCCCAAUGAAACGAAUUGGGGUCUUGAGAAAAUGGAUCUCUUAAGCAAACUACCAGACGAGGUUCUUUGUCAUACAUUGUCCUUCCUUACCACAAAGGAGGCUGCUGUAACAUCGGUUCUCUCCAAGAGAUGGCGCAAUCUGCUUGCAUUUGUCUCUAAUCUUCACAUUGAUGACUCUGUCUUUUUGCAUCCCGAAGAGGGUAAGCGGGAUCGGAACGAAAUUCGACAGAGCUUCGUUGAAUUUGUGGAUAGAAUAUUGGCAUUGCAAGGUAAUUCUCCCAUUAAGAAAGUCUCCCUCAAGUGUCUAGGUAUGCUUGAUGCAGAAAGACUGGAUGAUUGGAUAAGUAAUGUGUUGGUGCGUGGUGUUUCCGAACUUGAUCUGUCAAUCAGUUUCAGUGUGGAAGAAUACAUUCUCAUGUCUACAAUACGUUUCGAGAGCAAGAAUCUAGUUAAGCUGAAAUUACACAAUGCAUAUAUUGGUUGCCAAAUCGAGAGCGAAUUAUUACCAAUGCUUAAAACUCUCGUCCUUGAGUCAGCUAGGUUUUUUGUUGAUUAUAAGUCUUUUCUUAGUGCUUUCGCUGUACUUGAGAAUUUAGUCCUGGUUGAUGUAUUCGGGUACUACAGUAGUAAGGAUGUCACCGUGUCAAAUGCAAGCCUCAAGACCCUGACAAUGAAUUCCAACCAUUUCACGGGCAUUCUUUCAUUUGAUACACCUAGUCUGGGUUACUUCAGUUACUCUGACUAUGUUGCUAAAGACUACCCCUUAGUUAAAAUGGAAAACUUACUUGAGGCUAGGAUCAGCCUUUUGGUAACUGAGGAUCAAAUCGAACGAGCGAGAGAGCCAAAUAACGAUGGGGUGGAGGAUGGUGAGGACGAUGUUGUUCUCCGAUUUGGAAAUGUGGGGAAGCUCAUGAAUGGCAUACGAAAUGUUCAGUAUAUAGACUUGUCUGCUAAUACUCUCGAGGUGCUUUCUCUAUGCUGUGAGUCAAUGCCAGUGUUCAAAAAACUCAAAUCUCUAUCUAUUAAGAGUGAAGAGAGUCGAGGAUGGCAAGCAAUGCCAGUUCUUCUAAGGAAUUCUCCGCAUUUAGAAACUCUAGUCCUUGAGGGUCUCUUGCACUAUGUCACAGAUAAAUGCGGGGAUGCUUGUGACUGCGUUACUCGAGAGGAAAAGGGUCGUUCACUCACUUCUUGUCCAGUAAAAGUUUUAGAGAUUAAAAGGUUUCAAGGAACAAUGAAAGAAAUGCACAUGAUAAAGCAUUUCUUGGACUAUUUUCCGCGUUUGAAGGAGAUAAAAAUAUAUAUUGAUGAGAAUAGUAUUACACCUGAAGUGUCUAAAGUUAUCGCGGAGAGGAUGGAACUCUACAACAAGUUAUCGAAUUGCAAUGUGCAGCUCCUGGUAUCGUGAAACUCAUUUCAAUCUCUAAUUUUUGAAUCUUCUUCUUCGUUCUUAAUUGUUGGAGACAAGCUUACUCCAACACUUCCUUUAAGCUUGUACUCAUUAAUUCUAAGCUUUUCUAUCAACCUCUCAAAGUGUGCCGUUCCGAGAGCUUUGGUAAGUAUAUCGGCUCUUUGUUCUUCAUUCACUUGAACAGUGAAGUAGAUUGAUUACUCUGUCUGAUUGUGCUUCUCUCACCACGUGAUAUUUAAUUUUCAUGUGCUCA